AUGGCUUUCUUUGGAUUUGGUCAAGCUGCAGAAAUUUCGAUUAAAUUAGAUGAUGCAGACAAUAGGAAAGUAGCCAAAAUACGUUGUGAAGAAGGGGGACAAGAAACGCAUUUUCUAUUUUAUGAUGGUGAAACAAUAUCUGGUACUGUGGGAGUUGCAGUGAAGAAGAAAUUUGAUCAUCAAGGGAUAAGAAUUGAAUUUAUUGGACAAAUUGAACUAAAUUAUGAUCGUGGUAAUCAACAUGAUUUUAUAACGUUGAUGAAAGAGUUGGCUCGUCCAGGUGAACUAACGCAAAAUGUGGCUUUUCGAUUCGAAUUUCCAAAAGUUGAAAAACCAUAUGAAUCAUAUGUUGGUGCAAAUGUGAAAUUGCGCUACUUUCUAAGAGUGGUCAUUGUGCGAAGGUUAACCGAUAUAAUACGUGAAAUGGAUGUUAUUGUACAUACACUUUCUUCUUAUCCGGAUACAAAUAGCAGUAUCAAGAUGGAAGUUGGUAUUGAAGAUUCUUUGCACAUUGAAUUUGAAUAUAAUCGCUCCAAAUAUCACCUGAAGGAUGUAAUUGUUGGGAAGAUAUACUUCUUAUUAGUUCGGAUCAAAAUUAAGUUUAUGGAGAUUGCAAUAAUCAAACGAGAAACAGUAGGAAAUUCGCCAAAUAUUUUCAAUGAGAAUGAAACAAUAGCAAAAUAUGAAAUAAUGGAUGGUGCACCUGUAAGAGGUGAAUCAAUUCCAAUACGUCUUUUUCUUGCUGGUUAUGAUUUAACGCCAACGAUGCGUGAUGUUGGCAAAAAAUUCUCAGUUCGCUAUUAUUUAAACCUCGUUUUGGUUGAUGAAGAAGAUCGUCGUUACUUCAAGCAGCAAGAGAUGACAUUAUGGCGAAAAGCUGAUAAAAUCAGCCGACACAUCUCGAUGGAAAAUAUAUCGGGGACAAAAACCAAUGGAGAAACGGCAGCAGCAGCAGUUCAGCAUACAAAGAACAUUGAAGCUGGCAAGUGA